AUGCUGCUGUUGCUGUUGCACAAGCUGGUUGAGCAGUUUCUAAAGCUGAAACCGUCUAAGUUUGGUGGGACGGGUGAUCCUGAGGCUGCAACCCUUUGGGUCAAGGAGCUGGAGAAAGCUUUUGCACUCCUGAGGUGCUCAGAGGAGGACAAGGCCACUCGAGGAAGGAUCUUUCCUGAAGGCACAGUCCCGAGCUGGGAUGCCUUUGUUGAAGUCUUUAAUGGUAAGUACUUCUCCGAGUGUGCUCGAGAGCAAAAGAUGGCGGAAUUUCUGCGACUUCGCCAGAAUCAUUUGUUAGUCGAUCAGUAUGAGGCUGAGUCCGCAAAGCAAUCAAAGUACGCGCCAAGAAUGACCAAGGACCCAGUGGAUAGGGCAAGGAGAUUCCGGGAUGGUCUUAAACUGGAAAUCCGAAGUCAGUUGGUGCCCCUGAACCUUAAGGACUACAAUGAGCUAUAUGAGAAUGCCCAACUGAUUGAGAGGGAUAUGGUUGAGAGGGCAACUGCAUCUGGAUCGUGGUAUGCCCCAAGUCGAGGUAACCAUUGGUUUAAGAAAGAGCCGAUGACUAGAGGAAAACACCACAUCCCUCCCAACAGGAAGAACGACAUUGGGAAGCCGGCAUACAACCCAAGUAACGUGUGCCGAUUCUGUGGGAGGAGGCAUGGGAAUAGCCCUUGCCCAAGUAGGACUGGAGCUUGCUAUGGAUGUGGCCAGCAUGGUCAUCAAGUGAGAGAUUGCUCGAACUGA